UAUCUGUGACCAACAUGUCCCAUAAACCAACGCCUUAUUCUCCGAACUUCCCGCCAAGUCAAGGCUACGGACCGCCAUCUGAAGACGAGAAGGCCAAAGAGAGCUACCCUCUUGCUCAGACAGGGUACCCUAACGCUCCCCCAGUCGGAUACCCAGGCCCCCCUGGUCCGCUUGCACCUCCGGGGGCACCUCCUGGCCCGCCUGGGCCUCCUUUGCCCCCUGGCACUCAAGCUGGCUUUCAACCCGGCUUCCAACCUGGUUUUCAGCCCGGUUUUCAGCCUGGAUUCUCGCCGGGCUACCCGCAGCCGCAACCGCACCAAGGAUACCCGCACCCACAGCUAGGGUACCCCGCGCCUGUCGUACAGCAGCCUGUCCCGCAAGGUGCUCCAGGUGGAUGGAUGAGUAUCCCGACAGGCCCCACCAACUGCCCCCCAGGUCUAGAAUACCUCUCCAUGAUCAACCAGCUCCUGGUCCACCAGAAGGUCGAAUUGCUGGAGGCCUUCGUGGGCUUUGAGACCAACAACAAGUAUACCAUAAAGAACAGCGUCGGACAGAAGGUGUACUUCGCCGUGGAGGACAACGACUGCUGCACUAGGAUGUGCUGCGGACCGUUGCGGCCGUUCGACAUGAAGAUCUUGGAUAACUUCCAGAACGAGGUUAUCCAUUUGCGUCGGCCGCUCGCCUGCUCGUCAUGCUGGUGCCCCUGCUGGCUCCAGUCCAUGGAAGUCACCGCUCCGCCCGGCACCGUCAUCGGAUCCAUCGAGCAGGAGUGGUCCAUCUGCAAACCUAGCUUUGUCAUUAAGAAUGCUGCCGGCGACGUGGUGCUCAGGAUCAAGGGCCCGUUUUGCACUUACUCAAUCUGUGGCGAUGUUAGUUUCAAGGUGUACUCGAAAGACGGUGAAAACAAGGUCGGCAAAAUAACGAAGCAGUGGUCGGGACUGGCUCGCGAGGCGUUCACGGACGCGGACUAUUUCGGGAUCAGCUUCCCCAUGGACUUGGACGUCAGGAUCAAGGCUGUGCUGCUCGGGGCCUGCUUCCUUAUUGACUUCAUGUUCUUCGAAAAAUCCGGGAACCAGGAAAGUGACGGGGCCGGAAUGUUGUAACAAAACAGUCAUUGUAAUGGGGAAGGUGCAAAAGAAACAUUUACAACAUAUUCUUAAUCAAUGAGACCGAAGUAGGUAGAAGGAUCAAA